CGACAAUUCAUUUUACUUUACUACACUUAUUAUUUAUUUUAUCUUAUAUAUUUAUACUCCAACACUUUUAAAUUAUGUCUCAACCAUUAAAGAAGCUAAAAACCCACGACGGAUGCGCUGUCACACCAAUAUUCAAAACCCGAAUGAAGCCCUGCGACAAUGGAGAGCAAAUAACCAUGUGCAAAACAUGGAUGGCAGAAGAAUCCGCCAACUUUUUUUGGGAGCUUUCGAAGCACAUAAAUAUUGAAGGCGGUGAGCUGUUGUACAUGCACCAUUGCUUUGACACUAGCGACAUGGCCAUUAUAGAGCAGGCUUACCACAAAAUACAACCAGGUGACAGUGAUUUGCAAAUAAAGGAAAUCAGUGACGAGCUAGCAACACGCCUCUCUAUUUUAAACAAGUCCAAGCCAGACAAAAACUGCUUCGGAAUGCUAUCGCUCUUAAUUCGGCUUUGGAAAUCUGUGGAUAAGAAGCAAAGCUUACGUCAUGUAAACACAAAGCUAAGUGAAACACUGUCCCAAUGGAUAACACCGCUACAUUUGAUAAACACCACUGGCUACUUUCGAAAACAAUCACUCGAUAACGACACAAAAAAGAUCAUCUCCAAUGUUAUUAGCAACAUUAAUAGACAUAAUCUCCAAACAAACACCAAUCCUGAAAACAAGCUGAUAGUAAAACUGAUGUUGAAAUAUACAACUCACAAACACAUGUUUUGGUGUGACCCAGACAAUUGCAUUGUUUCAGGCAAGUUUAGCGAGUCGGAAAUGUUUAAAACUUCAAAAAGCCUUGAUGAGCCGGAGAGAUUAAUUCAAACAUUGUGUUUACGUCGUGGGGAUUCAUUCGUAAAGUACCUUAAUGGGUCCGUGUUAAACUUGUCAAACACUUAUAUUAGCGAGAUUAUUAACUCAAACUCCUUUAAUGAAGAUGUUCCGUACAUUUCAAUACACUCAACCACAGAGGAGCUGGCUAAUGUGCUUAAACAACUUAUUGAUGAUAUAACGGCAGUAUCUAAAGGCUUACUAACCAUUGGGACUAAAAAAAAAAAAACUGAGGCUCCUUGUUUUAUUAGGACCAACGUUGUCAAUAUGCCGGUUAAACCACCUAAAUCUGACAAGGCUGACCAGCUUGGAGAAGACGACUUCAGUAACAACUUAUUUUCAAUGUUUCCUGAAAAUAACUUGAAUUACUCUUACCCAAAUGUUGACGUACCAAUUAUAUCCAAUAGUGUGAACAGCAAUGACAUAUGUGCUAGUUUUGAUUUGGAUAGUAUAUUUUCAAACAGUACAUUAUUUAGUAAUGAAUUGCAGCAGGAGCAUGAAACGGCAAGCACAACAAAUCAGCAGUUUUUAAACAGCAGUAUAAUGGAUUUGUUUGAUGAGGUUAACAGAUCCGCAUUAUUUAAUUCACUAUUGUCCACGGCAAAAGUGCUUCCUGUAGCUCAACCGAGCAUGGCGGGCAACAUUCAAUACCAAGUGAUACCACAGCAGAUGCUGCUCAUAGAGCCAAUGAGUCCACCAGCGAUUUAUACAAACGAACAACUUGAACGUAUUUCGGCUGAUGCACAGGCAUUGCUAUUAAAUAUGCUGGCACCCGGCGACGUAUUUACCACUAGCACAUAAAUAAAUAAAUAAAAAAGGUUCAUUAGAACAUAAGCCUUCUUAAAAAUAAUAAACACAAUGUACUAAACACAAAACUGAACAAAGCAAAAGUGGCUAUACAAUUGUAUACUGUAUAACUUUGUAUGUUUUGG